AUGAAAAGAUUCUCAAAUCAUCCUCAUGGUCAAACUGACCUAGGAAAGCAACAAGUUCAUGCAAAUUCUCAUAUGCUACUUCCGAUAUUGAUGCUUUGCAAGUGCAGCGUAUUAAAUGGCAUUGAUGUCUUUCCAAAACAACUUCAACAAAUCUCGUAUCGCUCACUACAACAUAACAUACACGACCAAAGCAUAUCGCUCAAGAAAUCGUUACAAGAAAUGCGAGAGGAAAGCUUGAGCAUAAAUUGGCGAAUACCAGUGCACAAUCCACUCAUGUUUGAUACAAUGAAUAUAUCUGCGCUAAAGCUUCAAUCGCUCAACAUUUUCAAGAGAAAGUGA